CGGGAAUUGAAAAAAACAAAGUAAAAAGAAGAAGAAGACGAAGAAGAAGAAAGUAGCAAGAAAAUAGUUUCCGUUACACAUUCUCUGCUUUCGAUUUUGCCUCUGCGAAAACAAAUCCCUAAUCAUCUCCACCAUCUUCUCAUCGAUUUGAUUUUCUCCGGCGAAUCAUCCGUCCGUCGUCGACCACCACCGCCGCGUUUUCUUUCUCCGACGUGUUCCCUCUGUUAAGUCCCUUCUUCUCUGUAAGCGAUCUUUUAAUUUCUCUCUUGUUUCCUAUUCUGGAUUUGAUUUCAGGUGACUAUUAUGUUGGAUUCUCAUGUAUUGGUUGUUCUAGUUUCCAUAGAUGGAUUUCUGAACAAUCUAACAGUUACGAUUACUGAUUCUCAAAGAAAAUCUUCGAUUAGGUGAUUAGAUUUAGAAGAAAUUGUGUUUGAUCUACAGAUGUAGAGUAGAUUUGUAGCGUUUAGGUCUUAUAAGUUUCUAAAAUUGGUUUCGAUUUUGUGUGUAGAAGAUGAUGGGACCUCCGAGAACUCCGUUAAGUAAGAUAGAUAAGUCCAAUCCUUAUACUCCAUGUGGUUCCAAAGUUACAGAGGAGAAGAUUCUUGUCACUGUUCGGAUGAGACCAUUAAAUUGGAGGGAACAUGCCAAAUAUGAUCUCAUUGCUUGGGAAUGUCCCGAUGAUGAGACUAUCGUCUUUAAGAAUCCGAAUCCUGACAAGGCUCCAACAAAAUAUUCAUUUGAUAAAGUUUUUGAGCCAACUUGUGCAACUCAAGAGGUGUAUGAAGGUGGUUCUAGGGACGUUGCACUAUCUGCAUUAGCAGGAACAAAUGCAACUAUUUUUGCUUAUGGUCAGACUAGUAGUGGCAAGACGUUUACAAUGAGGGGGGUUACUGAAAGUGUUGUUAAAGAUAUAUACGAACAUAUAAGAAAAACUCAAGAAAGGAGCUUUGUCUUGAAAGUAUCUGCUUUGGAGAUUUAUAACGAGACCGUGGUUGACCUUUUAAAUCGUGAUACUGGGCCCCUUAGACUGUUAGAUGAUCCAGAGAAAGGAACCAUUGUGGAAAAUCUGGUGGAGGAAGUGGUAGAAAGCAGGCAACAUUUACAGCAUUUAAUUAGCAUUUGUGAAGAUCAAAGGCAAGUAGGUGAAACUGCUUUAAACGACAAAAGUUCAAGAUCGCAUCAGAUUAUUCGGCUGACCAUCCAUAGCAGUCUCAGGGAAAUAGCAGGCUGUGUGCAGUCUUUCAUGGCAACUCUGAAUCUUGUUGAUCUUGCUGGAAGCGAACGUGCUUUUCAAACAAACGCAGAUGGUCUAAGAUUGAAGGAAGGAAGCCACAUUAACCGUAGUUUAUUGACACUUACUACAGUGAUCAGAAAACUGAGUUCUGGAAGAAAAAGGGAUCACGUGCCGUAUAGAGACUCAAAGCUGACAAGAAUUUUGCAAAAUUCACUUGGCGGGAAUGCUAGAACAGCAAUUAUAUGUACGAUUAGUCCGGCACUGAGUCAUGUUGAACAGACAAAAAAGACACUUUCUUUUGCCAUGAGUGCGAAGGAAGUCACCAAUUGCGCUAAAGUAAACAUGGUUGUCUCAGAAAAAAAGCUGCUGAAACAUCUGCAGCAAAAAGUAGCUAAACUCGAGUCAGAGUUAAGAAGCCCGGAGCCCAGUUCAUCCACCUGCUUAAAGUCUCUGUUAAUUGAGAAAGAGAUGAAAAUCCAACAGAUGGAAUCCGAAAUGAAAGAGCUAAAGCGUCAGAGAGACAUUGCACAGUCUGAACUUGAUCUAGAAAGAAAAGCAAAGGAGCGGAAGGGAUCAAGUGAGUGUGAACCUUUUUCUCAAGUGGCAAGGUGUCUCUCAUACCAUACAAAGGAGGAAUCCAUUCCAAGCAAAUCUGUUCCGUCAAGCCGCAGAACAGCUCGUGAUAGGAGAAAGGAUAAUGUGAGGCAGUCUUUAACUUCGGCGGAUCCAACAGCGCUAGUCCAAGAAAUUCGUUUGCUUGAAAAACAUCAAAAGAAGUUGGGUGAAGAAGCAAACCAAGCACUGGAUCUAAUUCACAAAGAAGUGACAUCCCAUAAACUGGGUGAUCAACAAGCUGCAGAAAAAGUUGCGAAAAUGCUGUCAGAAAUCAGGGACAUGCAGAAGAGCAACCUUUUAACUGAGGAAAUUGUAGUUGGUGAUAAAGCCAACCUGAAGGAAGAAAUAAAUCGGUUGAAUUCUCAAGAAAUUGCAGCUUUGGAGAAGAAGCUAGAGUGUGUUCAGAACACUAUUGACAUGCUUGUCUCGUCUUUUCAGACAGAUGAACAGACUCCAGAUUUCAGGACCCAGGUGAAAAAGAAGAGACUUCUUCCCUUCGGCUUAAGUAAUAGUCCUAACCUACAGCAUAUGAUCCGGGGACCAUGUUCACCUCUUUCUGGGACUGAAAAUAAGGAUCCUGAGAGCAAUGUUGUGUCUGCUAAUUCAGCCCCAGUGUCUUUUGGAGCUACUCCACCAAAGAGGGAUGAUAACCGAUGUCGUACACAGUCAAGGGAAGGAACGCCUGUAUCACGACAAGCAAAUUCAGUCGAUAUUAAGAGAAUGAAUCGAAUGUAUAAGAAUGCUGCCGAAGAGAAUAUACGUAAUAUCAAAUCUUAUGUUACUGGAUUGAAAGAACGUGUGGCGAAGCUUCAAUACCAGAAGCAGCUGCUUGUUUGCCAGGUGUUAGAACUGGAGGCAAACGAGACAGGCGCUGCUUCGGAGUACGAUGCAACCGAUGAAUCUCAGAUGGAUUGGCCAUUGUGUUUUGAAGAGCAGAGAAAGCAAAUCAUAAUGUUAUGGCAUCUGUGCCACAUUUCAAUCAUUCACAGAACACAAUUCUACAUGUUAUUCAAAGGAGACCCAGCUGAUCAAAUCUACAUGGAGGUUGAGCUCCGCAGGCUGACAUGGCUCGAACAGCACUUGGCUGAGCUUGGGAAUGCGAGUCCUGCAUUGCUUGGUGAUGAACCAGCAAGCUACGUAGCAUCGAGUAUAAGAGCUUUGAAGCAGGAGAGAGAGUAUUUGGCGAAACGGGUAAACACAAAGCUAGGAGCAGAGGAAAGAGAGAUGCUAUACCUGAAAUGGGAUGUCCCGCCGGUGGGAAAACAGAGGAGACAACAGUUCAUCAACAAACUCUGGACAGAUCCUCACAACAUGCAACACGUGAGAGAGAGUGCGGAGAUCGUGGCUAAGCUUGUCGGAUUCUGUGACUCGGGAGAGACCAUAAGGAAAGAAAUGUUUGAGCUCAACUUUGCAUCUCCUUCAGAUAAGAAGACUUGGAUGAUGGGUUGGAACUUCAUAUCCAACUUGUUGCAUCUCUAGCUGUUGUACCCUCCUAUAAAUCCUACACGUCUACUUUUCUCUGUUUGUAAAUCGUUAACUUCAAAACUCUUUUGAUGCUGAAUAGAGAGUGUGAUUCACACGACCUGUGAAAACCCUCUUUUUAAAAUCCUAACCAUAUGAUCAUCUAAUCUCUGUUGAUUCUUUAAAUUGGUAAAUGUUUC